AUGUCGACGAAGCGACCGAUGGUGGCCGGUAUCCCGCCGGGCUUCACUCUUGAGGAGGAACUCUUUGACGAGGAUGAUGAGACCUCCGCCAUGUUAAUGCAAUGGGGCCAGUUUCUGGAUCAUGAUCUAGACUUCACACCCGUGGACGCCUCCACCAGUCGGUUCAGCGACGGCCUGGGCUGCAAUGAGACCUGCAUCAAUGACCCACCCUGCUUCCCCAUCAUCACUCCACCAGGUGAUCCGAGGAUUCGUUCGCGUUGCAUUGGGUUCGCCAGGUCCAGCGCGACCUGUGGCUCGGGCUCCACUUCUAUCCUCCUGGGCCGGCCGCAACAUCGAGAACAAAUCAAUCAAAUUAGUGCAUUCCUUGACGCCUCCAAUGUCUACGGCAGUGAGGACUUUGAAAGUCGGCAGUUAAGGGACACCCUUUAUGACGAAGGACGUCUUCGGGAAGGAAUGCCGACUCCGUCGGGCAAGAGACUGCUCCCUUUCAAUAUUCGUGGACAGGUAAGUUGAGUAGAUUCGUUCACCUUUCAGUUGCUUUUUUUUCGAAGGGAAGUUUUUCUGAUCGUGAUUGCCAUAUGCUGGGCCCCUAAAAGGUCAUUUGAAGGGGCUUUUGUGUCUGUGGCCUAAAUAGAGUCAGACCAUGUGGUUCGGCUGAUUCAGCUAUUCCCAUUCCACGACCGUUUUCUCACAAUAUGCUUUUUCUGCCCACUGGCCAAUGUGGCCACCUCCAUAUUACUACCCUCUUCCAAAUGUGUUUAACACUCCGCCUCUUGCCCCCAUCAGUUUCGUGCAAAAUCACUGUUCAACCGCUGCAUAGUUAAGGCGACUCCCGAAUAAGCAGUGGCUUUCAGGAUCUUUUUGACUUAGUAGCUAGGCCAACUGUGAUCAAGCCAUCAAGACCACUUUGCGAAAAACUUAUAAUUCUUAUAAACCUCCAAAUACUCAAGACAUUUGCCACUUUUCACGCAGCAGAAACUAAUCUUGUGGCUUUAUUCGUCCCAGACCCUUUUAUAGCUUAUCUUAAUUGGCGUUCGAAAUGGGAGCUACGACACGUCCCUUCGUUUUGUUAAGGCUGCGUGAAAGAGGGGUAAAGCAUAAUGUCCUGGAUGAAUAUCUACAGUAGGAGGUCGCAGUGCGUGAUAUUUCAGAUCACGGGUAGGUGUAAGUAAUGCUUUUUUGCAACCAGCAAAACCGGACUCCAGGUAAGCUGUUUAUUGAGGAACCCCGAAAGCUCAAUGAAGGCGAGGUGGGACCCCGUCCUAAUGGGGACCAAAUCUGUCAGAGUCUACCAUGAUCUGAGGAAGAGUCCACUUCAUCAGAACAUUCGGAUAUGAGAUCUCUGUCGUUGCGAUCUUUGCCGAAAUAUUGUAAGCCAAAGACCCAUAGGCGAGACGUGGAGCGAUAAUUAUGUACAUCUCACAAAUCCCCUGCGUGUUCUACCGCGAAAUCCCGCUUUUCAGUGCCUCAUAAGGAGCCCUACUACGGUUCUCCUUCUGCUUAAAAUAAACUUAGGUUUUUCUUUAUUAAAGUUAGGAUGACUUAGAGAGCCGUCGUUGUAUUCAGUGAAACUUAAAAUUUCGGUUCUGAGCUGUGCCACGAAGCCGCCUGUAAUACUGACAUGGCGGCGGUAGAGGCCUUUUAGGAGAGGUAGUGUGGUGUUUUUAAAUACACAAACACAUAUAUAUGUAUACAUUAAAAGGAAAGAAUUAUGUUUAUGAUACAUGCAUGCUUUAGUGUGGUAAAAAGACAAUUUGUGGGAACUCAUUUCAGGGGAGGGGAGGGGACACAUGUAUCCUUUUCCUACCAUAUUUUAUUGAAUUUUCAAUGUUUCGUCAUGUCAGACCUCUUCGGAUCCUGCGGGUAAUAAUCGGUGAAUGCGGGCACGAAUUUUCGGCAGAAACACACUGACAACCUAUGAUCUGCCCACUCUGUUUUGGGUUUUAGAUCCGAAUGAUUCCUUGGUGACUAUCGGACUAAAAUCAAUGUAGUUUUUCCACAUUUCCGAAUGUCAUAUCUAGUCAGUCAUCUACGAAUACUUGAAAUGAUGACUUAUUGUGGCAAUACUUUACUUAUUAUUCGCCAUUUAUAAUCGAAAAGUCAAUCAGACUAUUUUUUAUUCUGCUUUAAAAAAGUAAAACUUUAAAACCUGCUGCGACUAAAGCAUCUUCGAUCUUCAGGAAAAAACUGUAUAGUUUUUGUAAAAUGGUGUUGACCUCUGCAGAAAACUGUGAUGUUCUCAGUUGGAAAUCUAUAAGCAGUUAUUGGGUUGCAUACAUACACAAGUAGCCCUCUUACUGGAAUGAUCAUCGAAAAAUCGUCGUCCAACAUGCGCACUCAAACCCAGGUCUGGAGGACCUGGGAUCAGAGUCCGUACAUUCUGAGCAUGUAGUGUGCAUUCAACAUUCUACCAUUGAUCUAUGGACCCGUCGUCCUGCCGGUUACUAUCAAGAAUAUUGACUGUGGUCAAGGGGGCGCUCGCCAAUCAGGUUAGGGGUCAUACUCGUCCCGCUGCACCUUGGGACUCAAUCUAGCGACCUCGCAAACAGUCCCAUGGCAGAAAUCUCCGUACUAUCAACGGAAGUGUUGGUUAAGGACCCAAACAGGUGCUGCACCGACUUACUGCGUCUCAGUCGUAUAUCUGUCACAGCCUUUGUUGUACGUUUUCCGCCAAAACUGCAGUUACCGAACCGCACUUAGUGGCAAUUGGGUAUCGUUGUUCCGUAUAUCGUCGCUGUAUCGAAACAAAUCUCCAUAAGCAGAUUACAAAUCGUUGCUGACUGUCCAUUGCCGAUUUCCCUUUUUGAUAGGUGGACUGCCAAGCUGAUCCCCAACAGGACUUUGUGCCAUGCUUCAAGGCCGGUGACCACCGAAGCAACGAGAACCUCGGUCUCCUCUCGAUGCACACCAUCUGGGUGCGAGAACACAAUCGUAUUGCCGACGGCCUGCGCAGCCUGAACCCACACUGGAGCGGGGACCGAAUUUACCAGGAGGCCCGUAAGAUUGUCGGCGCCUGCAUGCAGUCGCUCACCUAUCGUGUUUGGCUGCCGAAGAUCCUCGGCCCGGAGGGCAUGCGGCUGUUGGGCAGGGAGUACACCGGCUACAACGCCUCAGUGAAUCCCACCAUCAGCAAUGAGUUUGCCACCGCAGCCUUCCGCUUCGGUCACACCCUCGUCUCGCCCAUCCUCUUCCGUCUAAACGAACGCUGGGAGCCCAUACCGCAGGGUCAUCUCCUGCUGCAUCAGGCCUUCUUCGCGCCGGACAGGAUGCUCAAGGAUGGCGGUCUGGAUCCGAUCCUGCGCGGUCUCCUCUACCACGGUGUACGCGACGUCCUCCGUCAGCCGGCCCUCAACCCCGAACUGACGGAACGACUGUUUGCAAUGGCCCACCAGCUGGCGCUGGACCUGGCCUCGCUGAAUGUGCAGAGAGGACGAGAUCAUGGACUGCAGCAUUACACCGCCUACGCUUACCGGGUCUGCGGUCUGGGCAGCUCGGCGGCUCCGGACUCCUUCGAUGAUCUAGCGGACAGGAUACGCAGCCCAGAGGUGAUUUCAUUUACAGGCGAAAUUUGCAAAACAAAAUUUUGGGCACAGUGGAGUUGACAACAAGCCGAAAGCUACCUUUUCGCUGAGCUGAUGCUAAUUUAAGUGAUACAAAAUUAACUGCUGCAAAGGGGUGGAUGCUGUUAUGUAGAUCCGCUGGCUAGAUACUGUUUGCAAUGGACUGUCAGGCGUCGUAUUACUAGUAUGAGUUGAAUUUUUAUGUUGCACUAGACGCCCAAGAGAUAUGGAUCAAGAAAACGGGAGAACUGAUUAAGACGGAAUGUGAGCAAGGUAGAAGUCUCAGAACCCGAAAACGUCAGUUGCAAUCGUUUUUGCCAGUUGUACGGGUUCUUACUCAUCCCCUUUCUAUGUCUCAGAAGGUGGGUUGGUGUUAGUCUGAGCGAUUAGUAUUCUUAAGUUACAAGGCAAACGUUGUCUGCAAAGAAGGUUGAAGAUUGUACUGGUACUACAACAGAUUCCUAAAAUAGUUCAUGAUUACGGUAAGAGGAUGUUCAUCAGUCAGGUCAUGGGACAUACGUGUUCCCUUACGUCGCGGGACUCAGUCCAGGGUCCCGAUCGUAACCCACAAGUCAAGGGCUCCAUGACUGGAUAUGACUGGCUGGCGACGAAUAAAAAAUUAAAAGUGGCCAUUUACGUUCCUACUCUCUUUGUCGGUCGCUGAUUCUAAUAAGAAGAAUACUUGCUGAAUUAGACUAUGGCGACAGAUUGUUUCAGUUUUUUUCGGUCGUUUCAACUCGAUAUCAUUGCUCCUCUUCUUUUGCUGGAUUGCGAAAAUUUGCACAGGUACGUGAAAAACUGCGUGCAGUAUACGGCCAUCCGGGAAACAUUGAUCUCUUUGUGGGCGGAAUUUUGGAGGACGUUCUACCCGGAGCUCGAAUGGGUCCCACCUUCGCGUGCAUCAUAGCCGACCAGUUCAAGCGUCUGCGUAGCGGGGACCGCCUCUGGUACGAGACACCUGGUCUGUUCACCGCCGCCCAGCUCGCCGAACUACAUGACAGUGGCAGUAGCCUGGCUCGAGUGAUCUGCGAGAACGGCGACAACAUCACGGAGGUGCCGCUGGACGCUUUCAAGCGACCUCGCGGUCGUCAGGACCUGGUACGUUGUGAGGAUGUGCCCAAACUAAACUUGGCCCUGUGGAAGGAGUGUCCCACACCGAGUGGCAGUUACUUCGGUGCUUUCAAUGACGUUGGCGAGUUUGAGGAGCCUCAGGUGACUCGUCGCGUCCGACGCAGUGCGGAUGUCGCCUCCUGUGAGGGCUCACCCAGCAUUGGAGGUCUGGAUGUGAAUGCUGUGGAGCAGGAGGUGGAGGAACGCGUGCGUCUGCACGAUCGCCAGCUCCGAAGGCGCAGGUGAGAGGCCAGUGGCUGGGAGACAAGAAAGGGAUCGGUAAAGUGCGAGAAGGCUGUUGAUGCCGACGUAUUGUCUUUAACCAUUGUAGCUCCUCAAACAAGCAAGCAUUUUACGAAGCAUUUCUUUUUUCAAACGUGCGAUUUAUCAUGACAUAAAGUAACUGACCGACUGGAAGAACUUCUCAACUAACAUUCAUUGUUGCCUCUCACUGCAGGCCCUACCACCGGGACGUUAAUUUUGUCCUUAAUCGUUAGCACAGUUUAAGUAAGAAAAGGAAAAAAGUGUUACAUGUGCGAUGAUAGGCGCCAGAAAGCCCUGACAAAGCCAGAAAUGAUUAGUGGCGCAUUUUGUAACGUCCGAAUAUACUGAAAUAGUUCUUAAUGAGGAAGUAGGAAACACAGAUAACCCCCCUGCAGACUACUGCUACUAGCACUAAGAUCAUCGAGAUCCCCAUGUUUAUUUAAUUUAUGUCUCGAUUUCUCUCAGACAUACAGUAGGUGUGCCAACUCAUUAAAUGUCAACCGAAAUUCCGAAAUGCGUUUUCGUUCCGAAAAGAUUAAUUAAGUAGGGUUGUAAAACCAAUCAUCACGUAGCAUAAUUCUAUCAUAAUUCAGUUACCACAGGACACUGGCUUUCGAACAAGCUUCUUUACAACUGAAUGCGAAAACUGAACUCUGUAAAAAAUCACUACAUAAGUAGCAUACAUUUUUCUCAUUGAUUUUUGAUGUCCUUAAAAAUUCAAGUAGAUUUCAUAGGAGACAUGCAUUAAAAUAUUCAUUUUUUACUCAUUCGGUAGAAAAAGAUGUCUUCUUCCACUUGCAUACUUAAAGGAAGGGUAUGAUUCGGUUUUAAAAAAAGUUUCUAAUUGUGAGAUCUUUUAAUACCGCGAAACGGUCGUUCGUAAAACGUCGCGUCUCUGCAUUUACGAAUGUAGCUUGUAAAGUUAACAUUAUGGCUCAAAUCCACUGCUUAGUUUUAGGAAACCCAUAUGGUCUCUUUUUAAUACCGCAGAGAAAUGUACGGUUGUACAUGCACGGAAAAUAUACGGCCUGUAUUUUGGAAACCCUGAAUGCAAGUGUGACGGCAGAUCGGGUUCAAAAUUAUUCGGGAAUUGGAAAAGUUUUUGAAAACCGAAUUAUACCCUUCCUUCGAGCAUAAAAUUAAGAGAAAACCUAAUUUUCUACCGAAUGAGUAAAAGAAUGAAUAUUUUUGUGCAUGGCUUUUAUGAAAUCUCAUUGAAAUUUUAAGGGCACCGAAAAUCAAUGAGAAAAAUGCAUGCCAGUUAAGUAGUGAUUUUUUACAGAGUACAGUUUUUGCAUGCAGUCGGACGGAAGUUUGUUUGAAAGCCUGUGUCCUGUGGUAAAUGAAUUAUGAUAGAAUUAGGCUACAUGAUGAGUAGUUUUACAACCCUACUUAAUUGAUUUUUUCGAAGCGUUAACGCAUUUCGGAAUAUCGUUUGACAUUCCAUGAGUUAGCCCAACUACUGUAGGUUAAUUUGUGAAGGAAAAUAACAACCACUGGGAAACGACCUCCUAGCCCUGUAGGUCAGAGAGAGUGCCAUGGCGACGAGAGUCAGUUUCGGACAUGGGCAAACAGUUGUCGCAUGAUUGAAACCUGUAAUCUAUUUUAGAAUGGAUUAGAAUCUAAUCUUCUCACUCAUAUGUACUCAGCAUGAGAUCGUCAAGUGAAGAAACACCGGCGGACGUCGAACCACCAACCUUCUCAACUUUGGAAAUGCACACUAACAGACACAUGAUGCCGGGAUUAGCGUGGUUUGAGUAUCGGUAUUCCCACACCCAUCUUGCUGUCAAGCUCCCAAAUAAGCAACCAAUAGGCUGGAUGACCAUUCAUCUCUUCGGCAGACCACUCACAACGAAGGAACAUCAGCCAAUCGGCGAGUGAGCGGCGGGACGCCGCACCCGAUUGGCCAGUAAAGUUAGUACGAGGGGAUUUGCGUUGUUGUGGCAGACCCAAGAUCAAACCGUUCUCCAUGCACCGCCACUAAAACAUGUGGCAUUCUGGAACCUGCUUUCAGAAUGCCGGACAGAAGGCAUGCGUACUGCAUGCCUUCACCUAUAACGGCGUCAAACAAACGUGGGAUGCUCAACUGCAGUGAACGCGUUCAGGCAGUCUGCCGGAAACCGAUUUCCUAACAUAAGUUAAAUGCUUCUAAAUGGCUCACCAUGGAUUGUAUACUAUAAGAAAGACUUGUAAUGGAUCGUCUCCGUAGGUUGAAGACGCAGUUCGUCAAAUGCACCAAGUUGGCCCUCUUGCAAAAACUUAAGGGGGUUGCCUCUACUAUGUGUAAAUGAUAAGAUCUUAAGUCACGGCUUCGGGUGUGCCAGCCUCCAAUCUCUGUUGUGUUGGUUGAAAUCCUGGUUAUUUGUUGUGUGGACCAGGGGGUGUGGUGGAACGCCAAGGUGAGGAUCCGUCCGAGCCAUCCACCUGCGGCCUCCCUCGCCUCUGGUCUUCUUGACUCUCUCUUGACACCGGGAUCGGGCGAGGGAGGAGGAGAGAGUGUAGGUAGGUGCAGCGCAAGUCUGCCGGCACUAUAAACCCCUGCGCAAGUCACCGUCCCUGCUCCCAUCGCUGCUGCAGCUGUGGGGCACACAAUGGACAUAAUCGAAAUCGAUGGUCGAACUGUCAAGUCACUUGGCUCGGCUUUAUGAGACGCGGUGUGACAAACAUUUUAUUCGAAACUGUAGUGCAGCGGGACAGUAACGACAGCUCGGCGCAGAAGACACGACAACAAAGGAAGGACGAGGAAAUAUGGAAUCAUGUAUUAACUCAGACACUUGUAGUUGGUUGAGUGAGGUAAAAUGGGGUGGGGCACGGAAAUAGGGAUCCUCGUAUUACAGGCGGUAGCAAAAUCUUCUUUCGUAGCCGUACCUGUUAGGGGUUAGGCUGGGGCUUGUUUACUGCUGGUACGGCUACGGAAUAAGAUCCGACCUAGACAGUGUUGGACUAAAUUAUAAGGAGGCUAGAAUUAUUGUUAUGGUUGAGAUUGGUGUUAGGGCUUGUUUUAAAGUUUGGAAAGGGGAAUAAGCAUGCUCUGGGAUUUAACGUAAGACGGCUUGUAGUACCGGGGAGGGAGGGGGGGGGUCCUUCUUCCCGUUUCUACCCAUAAAAUGUUGCCGAAGCUACACUGACUUACGAGAGGUUACAACUUCGCAGCAUCAAAUUCACCUACAGCUUUUGACUGCCCUCUACCCUCUCGCGAUUACGUUUGUUCGGAAAAUUGUCGAGAAAACGGCGCGAUCAUAGCUCAGAACAUGCAGUCUAAUCUAGAUGGCGGCAGAAAAUCAAGAAGACGGGAAGGUGGUGACGGUAACGAGUUAAUUAUUGAUUAGCAAGGGAAGGUCAGAUCUAUCAUGUGAGUUGCCUGCUUCUGUAAGCCAUAUGCGGGCUGCACCCAAGCAGGCGUUCUUGCACUGGAAAGUAUUCGGAAGACUUGUUUCGAGUCACCGAUGUGCCCAUAAUCUGACAGGUGUUUCGCGGUAGAAGGUAGGCAUAUUUUGUUUUUUGACAAAAAACCAUCUAACCAAGAACCCAACUGACCUGGCUGUCAAUAGCCUAUGCGUUCGGCCCGAACACUUUCCUUCAUCAGUAGAUUAUAAUUUGCAAACAUAAUUUGAAGUAGCAUGCAUAAACAAGACCUUCCCCGUCGCUUUAGCUGAAACGGAUUUCAUGGGACUGUUAGGCAAUAACUGAGUUGUAUUGCAAAUCUUUCCGGUUGUGUAUUGCAACCGCUGCCUAAUCAUGCUGGAAAUAGUCAUCUUUGAUGAACAAAGGCAUUAAGGGUGGGCAUUUCCGGAACGGACUAAUCGUCAGAUUUUUCACCAGGGGACUACUGUAUCAGUCGAAGAAGUGAGCUAGUUAACGAGGCCUAACCAGGAUUGCUUUAUAAAAAGCGAAUCCUGAGUCCACUGUUUCGGCAAAGUCAGUUUUUACUUGUACGAACAAAGAUAAUGCAAAAAAGGUUUCAUUUAUGAAAUAUAUUGGGGAACUUUGUGGAAAGCUGAUGGCCUACUUAAACCGUCUAUGCAGUGCAGUGAAGGCAUUUCGAGCAAUAUACGGCCGUACAAUAAAGAGAGGGAAUUACGCCUCACGACUGGAUGCGAUAAAAAUAAUAAUUUGUAGAAAAAGUGCAUCAAGACGAACGCUCGCAUAGUCUGUAUAACCGUUGUGCAAAAAAAUAAAAGGUCGGAUUGUGAUUGGCUACCAGUCCGACAGAUACUUUGGCCCCUUACCCCUACCAGAAAAGUCCAAAUCCUGGCAGAAUAUUCCCAUAACAUCGAAGCAGGUCAGGAGCGGAACGUGGAAAGUGCUAAAAAACGCAUUUUUUAGUAAGUGUUCCCCAAGUUUAGGCACGUCAACUUCGUAUUCAUGACAAUAACUAACACAGUCCUGUGCGAAAAGCAGCAAACAGACCACGUCAGAAGAGACAGGAAUAGCGGGCGCAUUAUGCAUGGGACACUGUUUCCAUGCGACAACGUGUCUGUCAAAAUUAGUAGAUUCCCCAUUCAAUGUGUUACUGUUCGUAGUUGGGAGGAUGGUUACUUAGCUGGUCGUGUACCUGCCUUUACUUGCUGAGUUUUUUAUCACCAAUGUUGACGACUGACUCACCAGCACUGUCUCUGAAAGCAAUGCACACCCGCUUAAUCCCCGUCUAACUAAUUACUAUGCUUAGAGAGCCCUAGCACUGAACAUGGAGGGGGUGAGGAAGGGUCACUGUACUUAUUGAUGUAGUGGAGGGCAAUGAAGCAUGAUUCAGAAGUUCGCAACCGACCUUCUCCGGCCUGAUGUUCGUCUGGGUCCCCUUGAAUGGGCCAAGUGUUCGGUCAUCAACAUCCGGCGUGAUCUUCCAGUUACUCCGGCGUAAAUUUUUGUCCACACUUGCACCGGAUCCAGCAAACGAUUUUGAACGUUUUCUGCCGUGGCAGUGGGUCUUUCGGUCCAUUACUUGACGCCUGAGGAUUACUGUCGGUCUGUGGCAUAAAAAGGCAGCCAGUAACUUCGGAGACGUCCAUGGCGGACGGAUGGGCUCACUAAAAUCACGGUCCAGUGCGUCUUUCCUCCACCAACGCUUGGUGAUCGCAAACAGGGUAGUCGCCGUGUCUCCACGUUGCCGGCAGAUGUACUAUCUCGAAUUCCGGUGUCGAUCUGAUAGGCAAGCCUUGGCUUUUUAUUGCUAUAACAUAUCUGCUUAUUUGAGUUGGGUAGGCAUUUUAUGUUAGGGAUAUACUGCUGGUCAUGCUUAAGAAAGUAACUGAAUUUGUUGCUAAGGCUUGCGGUUAGGGUCGGGAUUAAGGUCAGGGCUAAAUUUGUCCGCCACGUAUCGCCUUAUCAAUCCGGUCGUCUGUGACCAAUAACUCCGGAUUAUCUGUUUUUCGCCCAUUUAUGCACCCCAACUCACGUCUUCCAGAUUGUGUGGUCUGUUCCGAGACCCCGUUGGAGUAGCAAAGUCAACACAUGGAAGAAAUUAGAGUUUUCUCAAUGCCUGCCAUAAGUUCUGUUAAUUGUUACUUCCGCCUGUCCUACUGGUGAAACUGACGUCAACAAGAGUCUUUGUGCUCUACUUUCUCAGUGGGCUUACAUAUUCAAUCCUUGCCGGAAAUUCUUAUGCCUCGCCCUUAAUGACGUAGGCAAGUCACUUCGACAUGCCAUUCGAAAAUAUCAGUCACAUUAAUCUUAAUAUCGUUUUCCCGACACCGAAAGUACGACUGAGAACCAACGUUUUCACUAUCACGGGUCUACCUGAAAAGCAUAUGCACACAAAAACCCAGUAAAAUAGACACAUUUAAUGAUAUAAUGUUAAAAAAUAAAAAAAACACACCUCAUUCCUAAAAGGUCGUUAAUAGCUGCCAACGAAAGGACCUGGCUGAUAACUCAACAUGUAACCAUGGAGGAUAAGUUAAGAAGGGGUCACCACGAGCUAAGAGUGAUGGGGUUGUCCUCAGACGCAUCAGGUUCAAGAAAACCAUGUCGAUCACAGUAAAGGAAGGAAUAAAUCCAGCGUACAAUAGGAUGUCGCAUAUGCACUUUUCAGGCCUGUAAUCAGAAGGCAAAUUAAUACAAUGUGGUUGCAAUUCAAACAUGAAGAGAAGCAAACGGACAGGCAGAUGCGGAACAGAAGGAAAAUCUAAAUUCCCAAAUUUGGAAUUAGUAUGCCAAUAAAGAGACUACGAGAAAGUUUCUUUCACGCCCACCUACGAUAUAUGUAUUCGGAUCUGCGGUAUGCAUAUCAGUUGUAAUUGAAUAAAACUUUUUACUACAACAAUCCUAACUACUAGAGAAAGAAAGUAGCAACGGUGCAACCGUGAAUUGCAAGAGGGUGUUCUGAUACUUCUUUCUUACCCUGAGGGUCAGUAACGUCAUCAGAGUGCAGAUGUCUGUUGAUGCUGCUGAGUGGCUAAAAUCAUUCAUAAUAAAAUGCCAGAGAGAAGUUGAAAAUCAUCUACGCCCAUUAGUUAGCUUUGAUUGGAGGCAGGGAACUGAAGACGUAGUCAAAAGCAUUCAGAAAAGCGAUGUGUCUGCGUGAUUCACAUGAAGAAGUGGUGGGGUUGAGCUUAGUAACCGGUGAAGGGGAAAGUUAGAGGUAAGGACGAUGAGAAAAAAGUAAGAAGUUGGGAGACUAGGGUACCAAUGAUCCAGAGGUUCUUUCUACGCACCGCUCUCAAGGUCGGAGUUUGGUGAACCUUUUUUGCAAUGUAACAGUCCAGCAGUCUGAUAAUAUGAAGUAUAAAUAACCGUAAAAUGGUGACUUGCCUCUGCAUAAGUACGACGUAAACGCAAGCUUAGUCAAUCAAGCUGCAACAGUUUUAACCCAGGUGGUGUGAUAGAAGUACUCCGUACCGAAAGCAUUAUUGCUAGGAGACUACGGAGACGAGAUAUCCUUUUUGAUAUGGACAAGUAGGAAAACUGGUUCCUUAGGAAGCCUGUUAUUAGUAAGGAAAUGAGCAUAUCAAAGGAGCUGAAGAUUCAGUGGUGCAUAAGUGACCGAUCUCAUGAAAUGCUGGCCGACAUCCUGAGAUUCGUUUGCGAUAUGGAAGUCUGGUCUGUAACGGUAAUUAUCUCGCAGCCCAAUCUCAUGGUAUUUUUGGACUUUUCAGCGGGUUGGAUUUUGAGUGCACUCCUUUUUGAUCUCCUGCAAAAACUUCCCUCGGUAAAAAGUGAUUACUUAAUAAGCAUGCACUUCACGUUGAUUUUCGAUGGGCUCAUAAAUUUAAAUAUAUUUUAUAGAAAGUAUGAACAAGAGAUUCUUACUCCUACUCAUUUGGUGGCAAAUCACGCCGUCUUCCCAUUUUUUACUCAAAGAAAGGGCAUGUUUAGGUUUGGAAAAAAUUUUCCAAUUUCCGAAUAAUUUGUGCCAGAUCAGCCGUUACGUUGGCGUUUGACGAUUUCAGUCUACCGACAGGUCGCUUAAGUCUCAGGGGUUGCAAAACCUCGAGUUGGGCGCGGCCGACUGAUGACGGCCAAAAACGGUCAUUCAAAUCUCCCUCGUCUUUUCGUCAACGUUAUUCUGCCUAUGUAUGUGUAUGUAUACAUGCUGAAUAGCUGAAGUAAUGUGUAUUCAGAGCUGAGGGUGCUUGGCUGAAAAUAGGGCUUUGUUCUUAUUACCAGUCCGCUAUCAGACGAAAUGAAUAACGGAAGGUGGGAGUGUCACAUUAGUGUGCGUGUCCACAGACAGGGAGAUAGCUGGACGUCUUUACGUGGAGGGGUGUGCAUCGUGUUGUGUUGAGUGCCGGAGAUGAGGCGAGUUUUGUGAGUCUCAGAAGUGUACAUUCGAAGUGUGUCCACCGGUCAGGUUACGGCACAUACCCGCCCCAUUGUGAUUUGGGGCUCGAUCUAGGGCCUCGCAGGCAGUCGGACGGCGACUAGUGGUAUGGGCAGAAUAAGAUCGCUGGAGUGGUCAUUUCUGGCUUAUUGGCCGUCAUCAGCCGGCCCUACCCAACCCCGGAUUUGGGACGCGCUUGAGAUUCGGACGAGGAAUCUUUGGUCAUUGAGUCAGACGCUCUGUCAACUGAGUGACGAGCAUAUCCCGUAACCUGAUUGGUGAUUACAGUCAAGAUAUGGUUAGUAGUCCCGAUUGCAACCGUCAGGACAACGAGUCCAUGGUUUACUGAGUUGGGGAUUCGACUCAAUAAGAAAGGGUCCCUCAUUCGGAUCUCAGAUGCUUCAAACUUGUGGUCGAAUAUGACUGAAUGAUGACGACUAAUAAGCCGGAUAAACGACGACUCUCACUGCAGGACUAUCUGCGGCCGGCCAUAAAUUUCAUUUAUUGAUUUCAUCCCUAUGUAACACCUACCUGACGUUUACUGAAAUUUUCCCUUUCAAACUACGCAAAUGACUGCCAUUUGUGCUGAUUUUAUAUAAUUGCUCUUAACAUUUCUUAUGUACAUUGAGAACACCGCCUGCCACACCCGCAGUCCCGCACUGUAAAAACGUUUUACGCAAACAACUAUGUUACUGGCAAAACUUUAGUGAGAUGUGCAUUUGACAUUUACAUUGUAUGUGCCGUUUUCAGUGGGGUCAUCAAGGGCAUUGCCUAUUACCCUAAAACACACUAUAUACAAACGGCCGUACCAAUCUUCCUUGUCUCUGCCGGUGAUCUUAUUCUGUCCAAUACAUAUUUAGGCUAGAUCGCAGUUGGUAGCCCGGAAUGGGAAGCGGACGGCGACCUUAACCCUAAUCCCAACCUUAACCCUAACCCUAAUCACAACCGUUACCGUUAACCGUUAACCCUAACGGCAAACCUAACCCUAACCCUAGCCGAAAUCGUAAACGUAACCGUAGCCCUUAGACAUAGCCGUAACUGAGAAGCCUAAUCGUAAUACUAAAACACAGUCGUACGCUCAAACCCUAACCAUAACCCGAAAACCUAAGCCUAAAUGCAUAACCCUAACCGGAAAAUCGGAAACCAUUAACCAGUACCCUACACCUAACCUCAAACGUAAAACGGAAGCCAAAUGUGUCAGAUGUGAUUAUGGAGCCCCACAAAAUAACCCCAGUAAACAAACCCCCCAGCCACCUGUAAUGCGGGUCCGGGCUACCAAAUGCGAGCUAGCCCAUAUUUAUGCUGAAGCUGCGUUCACUGAUCGGACUACGUGAUCUGUUCGUCCAAUUGUGCUCUGGGGCUCGAUUUGAAGCCCAGCAGCCAGUGUAACAGCAACUAGUAAUGCAGGCAGAAGGGGAGUCUGGGAUGGUCUGUGAUAGCCCUACUUCGAGCGACUGUGAUAACGCUGGGCCUCCCACGAGUGUCUGCACAAGCGCAUCAGGCCUGUCUGGCUUUUGCCUGCCUCCCUUGACUUUCCAAGCGGCCAAUCAGAUUCAAGGUUGAGUCAGAUGUGUCCUGGCUUAAGACUCUUUGGCGCAAUCCCUGGUACACGCCCGGGAUGGCGCUCUCCCAGCGCUGCAGGCGUUUUUCUCCGGCUGCCACAGCUCCUUCCAACCCAUUUUCCAGUUGUCCUGGACAGAAUGUACAAUCCUCCCAACUGGCCCUCCAUUUUCUCUUUCCAUUGGGGACCGUGCCUAAAGGUCGUGGCAGCCAGGGUCUUUCUCGGCCUAGGCUUCUGCGAUAGGCCAUUUCUGGCUUAUUAGCCGUCGACAGUCAGUCAUGCCCAACCGCAGUUUUUUGGGACCUGAUGACGGGACCUGAAUUGUUUUGUCUAGUAAGCGGUGAAAACACCUUUAACAUAGUCGACUGCCAUCGACAGGACAAUGAGCUCGUAGCUUAAUUGCUAGGUCGGUAGACUUACCAACGCACAGUUCCCAAGAGAACUCGUGUUUUCGAAUCUCAUGUACCGCACGCUUCGUGGUUGGGUAAGGCUGACUGAAGACGGCUAAUAGACCGACUGUGGAUUCAUACCCCUGUUUUGUCGGUUCCACGACUUUAAAUACAUAAGAAAACUCGAGGAAAAUGCAUGUAUUACGUUAAUGACUAUAUUUUAGGGAGGGGGGGGGGUGGCUGGGAGAGAUCGACGUGAGUAUCUAGGGCGAUCUUCAGGUAGAAGUCAGUAAGCUACGGUAUGCGAAGUAACUGGAAGUUACGUUUCGUACUUUUCAGAAUUUUAAAGAAUUGGAUGCACAGCUGUGGAUUCCGAUCAGUCUCAAGUUUUUUAUCGCAUACUAGACUCUGCCAGCAUUCGUAGACAGAAGUGCCACUUACACGGAUACCUCGUUAGAUUCCUAAUCCUCCAGUACGGUGAAAUUUGCGAAAUUAGUCGGAAUCUUUCGACUACUCAUGAAUACGACUCGGCAUUAACCAUGCUUUCGGUAAAAUAAGUCCUUGUAAAUCACACGUUCACAAACCAGUUUCGGUCGUUUUAUGAACUCUCCUAAUCCAGGUCACACGUGACCUCUUCUCAGUCACUUGCAUUAUUUCGACUCAUUCCUGCCGAGAAGGAAACGCAGUUUCACAAAGGUCACGCGAGUAGAUCGAAAGUUCAGAUGGCGAUCAGUUGUGAGCAGAAAUUGCGAUCGUCUCUCAUGCACGGCACUUUCGAUAACUGAGACUGUCUGAAGGCCACGCUUCGGAAUGCGACUUCUAGAGUGUCUUCUGUGCGCAGUAUUCCUGACUUUUUGCGAGAAUAGUGGAGUCGGUUGCUUCUUAAUUAGUCGUGACAGUACUACUGGAUCUACGGAACACGGCGGCACCACUGGAACACCUACUCCGGCUCAGACUACAGGCUUGAAGCCGGCGGCGGGAUCAGCCAGUGCUGAAGCCAAGGCAAUACUCCAACAAAAUCCGGGAUCAGGUUUUCAGGUCAGUGUCUCAAGCAAAGCCUCGGUCUACGCAGGUGGUGAAAAUCAGUCUAAACAGAUCAGCAGCCACGUAGAGAGCCUUCCCAAUGGAGAGGUUGUGAACAUUGUUAAGGACGGAGUGACUUCGAGAAGUAUCCCCAUCGUGGGAGUCCCUCUACCAGGCACCGGGUCCGCUACAAGUGUACCCGUUUUAGACGGUGGGCCUCUACCAAAUCCGCCUGCCCUCGAACCUGGACCCUUGCCCCCAUUCAAUCCGCCUGGUAAUGCACGCACAACUCCUGCGACGGGAUUUGCCCCACGUAUGGCCCUGCCUGGGGGCAUUGUACCGGAUCUACUUCUACCAACUCCGCCAGCCUCCGGACCUGAACCCUUGCCGCCCUUCAAUCCGCCUGGUAGUGCACGAACAACUCCUGCGACGGGAUUAGCCCCACGUAUGGCCCUGCCUGGGGGCAUUGUACCGGAUCUGCUUCCACCGGAUUCUACUCAGACGUCUCCACCUUCUCCUAAUGGAGGUGGCAACCCUCCAAGUGCAAACAACCUCCCAGGUGGUCUACCUAGCCUGCCCUCACUUCGCGCCAACCCCAUCCAGCCGCCGCCGCCGCCGUCUGCAGGGCCCGACGUGGCACCGACUCCGCCCGCUUUUGGAGACCGUUUUGGAGUCGGCACGCCUUGGUCGGAGGCCUUCCCGCCGGCAAACCCAAACGUUCUGCCUCGAUCGGGCGCCGAUAUCCUGCCUGGAUCCUUGUCAACACCACUUCCACAUCUUGUCGGAGGCCUGACAGCUAGCGACAUCCCUGCAAGAGCACCUAAUGCUCCUGCUGCGCCUACCGUGGCACCUCGGUCCGGUUCUGGGCCCCUACUGCAGCUCCCGCCGACUGGUAUUACCCCAAGGGUAGACAGUAGCCUUCCCGGAAUGAGGCAUUUUGGACUUGCAACGUCAGCACCUCCCUUUCCCCAGUCUCCAGUCAAUUUACUCCCUCAAAAUAACUUGCUACCNCUCUUAUCCCCAACCAGACUACGUGAAGAGCAGCUAGCACCGGAAAGCGUUGAUGUCGUAAACUGUCUACCCCCUCUCGGAUAUUACUUGGUCCAUUCAGUACAGUACUGGUUAUUGUACAAUUUUGAAAUAGAAGGCAUUCACAGACAAAUUUAUACCAGUAACCAAUGCUUGUUGUAUGUAAUUACUUACCUAAUUUUUUCGACACUUGCCUUACACAUUGUUUUUUAUGACGUCAUUGUAUCCAAAAGGGAGUUCAAAGGCGCUCGCCUACCUUUUCCUUAAUAAAUCUGAUCUGAUCUAUUUGAAAUGAGUAUUCAGUAGCGAUAGGGUGUAGGACCCCCAAGUGGAUUGGAACCACAAAAAUAUACACAAAAUUCAGUGUAACAAUAAACAUCACUUAUUAUUCACCGUUCCCAUUAUUUUAAUAUCGCUUUACUCAAAGUUCGUUAUUUUCUGGGAACUGUGUUUUUCUUUUUUUAAUUAUCGCGCCCACUUUCUUUGCUAAACGACAACGUACGAUAAGACUCUUGGCGGAAGUUGGUCUAUUUUUCCGUGUCCUCUUGCUCUCCUUUCUGUGUGUUGCCCCAAACAGAAUACCUCCUCUACCACCAUUCGACGAAUGACACGGUCCAAAGGCUAGCUCAAGUUAGUUGGGGGUACUGCACCCUAUCGUUGCCGAUAACUCAAGUCGGGUUGUAAUAUUAAUUGUCCUGCAGCAUAAUUCUAAGAUACUUCACUCACGGCAGGAUGCGGGCUCUUGAAUGAGCUUCUUUUCAGUUGAAACUAUUCUAAACCUUGUAAAAAGUGACCACUUAAGUAGUUUGGACUUUUCCAACUGAUCUUCGAUACGCUUGUAAAUUCCAUUAUAUUUCAUAAAAACGUGCGCAAAAACAUUCUUUUUGGUGCUCAUUUGUUAGAAAUAUGCUUUUUCUCUAAAUAUUUUACUCGUAAGAGGACAUCUUCCGACUUAAAAAGUUUCUGAUUAUGAGAUUUUUAAAGACUGUGAAAUGUCUAUUCAUACGGUAUUGUAUCUGCACACUUACUUGUGCUCCUUAUAAAGUAUACAACCUAGUCCACGUCAAUUGUACAAUUUUAUGAGUGCUUUAUGACGUCUUUGUAACAGCGUAGAUAAAUUUAUGAUAGUGCUUUGGCGGGAUGUGUGCAGUAUGUACUUCGAAAAUCCUGAGUUCAAGUGUGAUGGCAGACGGGACAAGAAAUUAUUCGGGAACCGGAGAAAUUUUAAAAACCCAGAGAUACUUCCUCUUCAGGUAGAAACUUUGGAGAAAGCCACAAGAUAUUUCAGUUACUUCAGGAUGCCAGCAUUUGGACAAGCCUAUUUCCGGCUGCCCGCAUAUGCUAUACGGUAAAGAUGACUAAUUGAGUAAAAAUUCUUCCUAUUGAUUUCUGUUGCCCUUAUAAAUUCGAAUAUACAUUGUAGAAAACAUGCAGAGAAUACUCGCUCCUGUACUCAUUUUGUAGCAAGUUAAGUCUUCUUCAAAUAUUAUACUCAAAAAAGGUACCUUUCGGUUUCUAAAUAGUUCAUAACUGUAAGAUUUUUUAUGAUCGUGACAUGUCCAUUCACAUGGCCUCGCAUCAGCACGUUUACAAAGUUUAUAAAGUAAGCUACCUGGUCCAUAUCCAUAACAUAAUUCUUUAAAUGUCACAUGACGUCUUCCCAGAAGCGUAGAGAAAUGAGUAAUAUUCUUUUGACGGAAUGUGUGCAGCGUGUACUUUGAGAACUCCGAAAUCAAAUGUGACGGCAGGUGGUACAAAAAGUUAUUGAGGAGUUGGAAGAUGUUUUUAAAAGCUAAAAGCUGCCCUUUCUCUUGUGAGAAAGUAGAGAAAACACAAUUUACUAUUAAAUAAGCAUUAAAAAUAUUUAUGCGUGCGUUUUAUGAAAUAUAAUGGAAAUUACUAGCGUAUCGAAGGUCAUUUGGAAAGGUCCGAACUAGUCAAAUGAUAAUUUUUUACAAGGCUUCGAAUAGUUUCGACCGAAAGGAAGCACAUUCAACAGCCCGCAUCCAGCCGUGACUGGAAUAUCUUAGAAUUAUGUUGCAGGAUAAUUGGUAUUACAACAUUACUUGAGUAACCUUUUGAGAUCGAAAGCAUAUUUCAGAAUUUCGGUUAACAUUCCACGAGAUGGCAGAUCUGUAAAUACUAUUCGUUUUCUCUCAUUGCUGUUUGACCUCCUUAUUAAGUCGAAUAUAACUUACAGAAAAGUGAACAAAAAUAUUUUUCUUGCACUUUCUAUGUAGCAAAUUACUUCUGUGACUAGAAUACUCGAGCAGUGGGUGUCUCUUGGUCCCGGAAAAAUUUCUAAAUUAUAAGAGUCCUUAAGAUCGUGCAGUGUCCAUUCAAAUAGAAUCACAUCGGUCUGUUCAUUAAUGAAGUAAAAAAUAUAGUCAUAUGCAUCGUAAAAUUCCAUAAGCCCUUUAUGAUAUAUUUCUAAUGAAAUCGAGGAAUGCACGAUUCCCCUUACACAGAAAGUAUGCUGCGUGUAGGCAUUUGAUUUUAAAAGCAAAAGUAACGGCACGUAGUGCUGAAAAUAUUCGCGGAUUCAAAAACGUUUGAAAAUCCAAAUAUACCCUUGCUAAGUAUGCCACUAAUUAAUCCUUCCUAAAUUAAGAGAUAUUUCAGAAUUUCGCUUAACAUUUCAUAGGAUUGGUCACUGACUGUAUUUUGGGGAUAUGGCAAAGCUAUUUUCCGAAAUCGAGUGUCUUCAUUAAGUACCGGACAUGCCGAUGGGAACGCUACGCCAUUAUUCUGGGCUGGUUUAUAGAAUAAACGUAAAACGGUAAGUUUGGGAGAAUGUCGCACAUCUGUGCAAUAUUUUAUAUCCACAUUUGUGACAGCAGUAAACAGACUACAAAGUGCCGCGGUAGCUCAGCCGCCGUAAUCACGACGCCCAUCUUUGAAUUACUGACUCGGGCAAUGAGCGGAAGUCUUUCGUGGACUAUGCCAAGAGGACUGUAGAGGUGUUUGGAUAUGUUUUCGUUAGCCUUUAGCAUGUGUUUAAGUGGGAGUAAAUUGGAGCUAUGUUGCUACUUUGUCAUUUGGUAGUCGGUAGGAAGAAGUAAUUGCAAGUGAGUAGUCUGUCUGAAUGUUGCUCAGGUGGAACACUUCCAGGAGUGGAGGUGCGGCAAACAGCGACUAGAGGAAAGUGAUUAAAAAGGAACGGCGCAUUAGAACGCAGGCUUUGCAGCCGCUACACCCAGUGCUCCCCUUAAUGGACCUCACUCUGAAAUCAUUGAUAUCGCAGACAUAAUUUUCCGUUUUGGGAUCGCGUUCUGUGGCUUGCAGUGGCGUAAUUCCGGAUGUCGGAGCGACUUGAUAGGCCGUAAAAAGAGUGAUUUACGAGGCAGGGUUCCAUGCCCGCAGGUGGUUAGGGAGCUGUCCACCGUGGCGAUACUGGCCCGGAAUGUGUGUUGACAGAGCCGGCGGGUGUGUAACAGUUGCGUCGAGUUUUCACUUCUUCGCGGGGAAGUACUGAUGUCGUCACUAUUGAUAGUGCUUCUAUGUCCGCGAAGAUGUCACACCACACCUUUACGACUCUGGAACGGGCAUUGGCAACGAAGACACAUCAAUCAUGGUCAGAGCUGUCAUUCGGUAUUCCAGCUCUGCCUUCUCACUGUUCCUCCGACCUUUUGUAUUUGACUGA